AUGCUCCUGGCUGCUUUGUGCUUCCUACUCUGGAGUUUUCAGACCUCCACCGGCCAUUUCCCUCGAGACUGUGCCUCCUCCAAGAGCCUGAUGGAGAAGGAAUGCUGCCCACCAUGGAGGGGUGACGGGAGUCCCUGUGGCCAGCUCUCAGGUAGGGGUGCCUGUCAGAAUAUCGUUCUGUCUAAUGCCCCCCGUGGGCCUCAGUUCCCCUUCACAGGGGUGGAUGACCGGGAGUCCUGGCCCUCAGUCUUUUAUAAUAGGACCUGCCACUGCUUUGGCAACUUCAUGGGAUUCAACUGUGGAAAUUGUAAGUUUGGCUUUUGGGGACCAAACUGCACAGAGAAACGACUUUUGGUGAGAAGAAACAUCUUUGAUCUGAGUAUCCCAGAGAAGAACAAAUUUCUUGCCUACCUUACUUUAGCGAAGCAUACCACCAGCCCAGACUAUGUCAUCCCCACAGGCACCUAUGGCCAAAUGAAUAAUGGAUCAACCCCCAUGUUUAAUGACAUCAACAUUUAUGACCUCUUUGUCUGGAUGCAUUAUUACGUGUCAAGGGACACACUGCUCGGAGGGUCUCAAGUCUGGAAAGACAUUGAUUUUGCUCAUGAAGCCCCAGGUUUCCUGCCUUGGCACAGACUCUUCUUGUUGCUGUGGGAACAAGAAAUCCAGAAGCUCACUGGGGAUGAGAACUUCACUAUUCCAUAUUGGGACUGGCGAGAUGCUAAAGGUUGUGACAUUUGCACCAAUGAGUACAUGGGAGGGCAAAACCCAGCGAACCCUAACUUACUCAGCCCAGCAUCCUUCUUCUCCUCUUGGCAGAUCAUCUGCACCCGCCUGGAGGAGUACAACAGCCGGCAGGCUUUAUGCGACGGAUCUCCCGAGGGACCGCUACUGCGCAAUCCUGGAAACCACGACAAAGCCAGGACCCCGAGGCUCCCCUCCUCCGCUGAUGUGGAAUUCUGCCUGAGUCUGACCCAUUACGAAUCCGAUUCCAUGGAUAAAGCUGCCAAUUUCAGCUUUAGAAAUACACUGGAAGGAUUUGCUAGUCCACUCACUGGAAUAGCAGAUGCCUCUCAAAGCAGUAUGCACAAUGCCCUGCACAUCUAUAUGAACGGAACGAUGUCUCAGGUACAGGGAUCUGCCAACGAUCCUAUUUUUCUUCUUCACCAUACCUUUGUUGACAGUAUUUUUGAACAGUGGCUCCGAAGGCACCAUCCUCUUCAAGAAGUUUAUCCAGAAGCCAAUGCACCCAUUGGACACAACCGGGAGUCCUACAUGGUUCCUUUUAUACCUCUCUACAGGAAUGGUGAUUUUUUUAUUUCAUCCAGAGAUCUGGGCUAUGAUUAUAGCAACUUACAGGAAUCAGAACGGGACAUUUUUCAAGAUUACAUUAGGCCCUACUUAGAACAAGCAAGUCGAAUCUGGCCAUGGCUCACUGGGGCUGCUGUGGUGGGCUCGGUCCUCACCGUUGUGCUGGGAGGGAUCACUCGUCUAUUGUGUCGGCGUCACAAGAGAAAGCAGCUCCAUGAAGAAAAUCAGCCACUCCUCACGGAAAAGGAGGAUUACCACAGUUUGUUGUAUCAGACCCAUUUAUGAAAGGCUUAGGUAAUAGAAUAAGGCCAAAAAGGCCCUCACUUUAAAUCAAAUGAUGCUCAGGUCCCCAGGAGUUGUCCCCAGAGCAAUCCCUGACAUUUGUUUAUGAAGACUAUUAUCAGGAUUGAUACAAAGUGUACCCACUCCUCCUCCAAUUCAGGUAGAAUACACCUCUGCUUGCCUCAUUGUCAUUUAAUCAUUCCUUUAAUAGUUUUCCUCAAACCCAUAUUUCUAAGAAAAGGAUGCCAUUUAGUAAUGAGUAACUGCUACCUGUAUCUGAAUGAAAGUGCUAUUAUAAAAAUGUGGGAAUAAUUUUGAUCGUUCCUCCUGAUUGUUGAAUGAAAUGUUUCCUUUUAUUGUCCCCUUCCUUUGAUUUUAAUAAAAUAGUAACAAAUCCA